GGUUUACAAUGAGUGUGUCAAAAAUCAGCAACACACAUUGACGAGUAAUUUAGUUAUUUAUUCUGCCCUCCCAAAACAACUGGAAACACGUGAGCUGACCUACCACGUCGUCGUCAGCUGAGACAGGCGACAUGGCGACUCCAGCGGGUUUCAAGGUUUUAUAUGAGCAUGAUGGAGUUUUUAUACACACCAACCCAGAAAGGAGUGAGGAGCAGGAUUCUCUGACUUCAGGAUCCCUGCGUGUCCUGGACCAGGAUGGAGACAUAGUGCUGGAAUAUAAACCCAUGGAGGAUGUUGACCACUCUGCCAUGCUGUGUGCUGCCAAGGAGUCUAGCUCUGUGUUUGAAUGGGGCCAGCGGCACCAGGGUCCGAGCCAAGACCCAGGAGACAAGCCUACCAGGCAGGUGGAGCACCAGCUGAGCUGUGAGACAGAAUGGGACAUGGUUCACACUGUUCAGUUCAGGAAGAAACCCAGCAACCAUGAAGGUGCUCCUCCUCAACCCGCUCCCAUCCCAGAGAAGAGUAAGGGUUCCCGGCUGUUCUUCCGUCUCAGUGACCUGGACUCGGUCACGGUGAAGGAGGAGGGCUGGUCCUACCUGGUGUUCACCCUCAGAGACCACAACAUGGGGGUUGAGCUGCCUGCCCUACACUUUCACCAGGGGGGUAGUGAAGUCUUCCUGGACUGUCUCAGGAAGUACAUGCUGCUGACAGAGUCUACCACAGAUGCCUCCCUCCUCCAGGUCAGCCCCCACAGCAGAGCUCUGUCCCAGUCCUUUGAGAACCUGCUAGAUGAUGCCACCUUCGGUCUUAUUACGAAGUUUUCUCAGGACCCAGUCACCACUACGCUGGGUGGUUUCUCCAAGGUGACCAACUACCUGUAUGAUGCGUUCCGGGGUCCAGACACGGUGCUACUGAAGCAGAGGCCUGUCGGGGAGGUGGCUGACCUGCUGAAUGAGGCCAUACCUGGUCUGGACAUCAACCAGCUGGAGGAACCAGGCUUUGAGGUUAUCACCAGGAUUGAUCUUGGCGUGCUGCCAGCGGUCCGGCGUAGGGAGCCUGUUGGGGCGGAGGAGUGGAACUCCAACAUGGACCCUGAGGGACGCAUGAGGAACAUCUCACACCUUAAACACAUCAUAUUCAAAGGGGGUCUGUGUCACGUGUUGAGGAAGGAGGGAUGGAAGUUUCUGCUGGGCUACUUCCCCUGGGAGAGCACCCUGGAGGAGAGGAGGAGUCUGACCAGGAGGAAAACGGAUGAGUACUUCCGUAUGAAGCUCCAGUGGAAGUCAGUGAGUGAGGAGCAGGAGAAACGCAACAGCAUGUUUAGAGACCACAGGAGUCUAAUAGAGAAAGACGUGAACAGGACCGAUCGGACCAACGCUUUCUAUGAAGGACAAGACAACCCAGGACUGAUCCUGCUGCACGAUGUCCUCAUGACCUACUGCAUGUAUGACUUUGACCUGGGCUAUGUCCAGGGUAUGAGUGACCUGCUGUCUCCGAUCCUCUAUGCGAUGGAGGACGAGGUGGACGCCUUCUGGUGCUUUGUCUCCUUCAUGGACCAGAUGCACCAGAACUUUGAGGAGCAGAUGCAGGGAAUGAAGACUCAACUGAUCCAGCUCAGCACUCUGCUACGACUACUGGACCUGUCCUUCUGGAACUACCUGGUGGCCCAGGACUCUGGUCACCUGUACUUCUGCUUUCGCUGGCUCCUGAUUCGCUUCAAGAGAGAACUGAGUUUCCCUGAUGUCCUGCGUCUUUGGGAGGUAAUGUGGACCGGGCUGCCGUGCCAGAACUUCCACCUGCUGGUGUGCUGUGCCAUCCUGGACUCAGAGAAACACCAGAUUAUGGAGAAACAAUAUGGCUUCAAUGAGAUCCUCAAGCUCAUAAAUGAACUGUCGAUGAAACUGGACAUCAGGGCCAUCCUCAACAAAGCUGAAGCUAUAUGCCUGCAGCUGAAGAGUUGUAAGGAUUUGCCCAACUCCGUGGUUGAGAUGCUUGGAUUCAACAGCACAGACACUGAGUCAUCAUCCCAGUCAGAGGACACUGAGAGAACGGACAGACCGGACUCUCCCGAACCUUCUACACCGUCAGACGACCAGCAGGACUUAGUCUCUGAGUACAACCCCAGCGGCAACAACGGACACUUACGGGACGCAGCGCGUGACGUUUACAAAUUAGCCUACAUAUCGUAGCCAGCCUGGCGAGCAGUAGUCGCUCGUCCAGUGAGAGAUUUGGUUCUGGUGGCUGAGACUAGGCUCACAGCCUGGUGAAAAAGGUGGAUUGCCUCUCUCCCACCUCAAUUUUUGUAAUGAAUCUCUGUCUGAUAAUCAUCUAAUUUUUCUUGUUCGAGGGUGGUCUUUGAGUUUUUAGGAUAUCGUUCCUUAUUACCCCUGACUAUAAGGUGUUUAGUGUUCAGCAGAUUGUUCCUUAUUACCCCUGACUAUAAGGUGUUUAGUGUUCAGCAGAUUGCUCCUUAUUACCCCUGACUAUAAGGUGUUUAGUGUUCAGCAGAUUGCUCCUUAUUACCCCUGACUAUAAGGUGUUUAGUGUUCAGCAGAUUGCUCCUUAUUACCCCUGACUAUAAGGUGUUUAGUGUUCAGCAGAUUGCUCCUUAUUACCCCUGACUAUAAGGUGUUUAGUGUUCAGCAGAUUGUUCCUUAUUACCUUGUUAAUCGCUCCUGAAUCGUGUGAAUAGUCAAAUGUAAUGCUGAAGUAGUUGACAUUUAAAUAAGAGGUGGAAGGGCUGAGGAAUGGAUAAGGUUUUAUAUUAACAGGGUUAUUAUAUCUCACUGUAGUAAUUCAGCUAGUAGGAGCCCUGCUGUAGGUGUUAUUCAAUUAUAACUAUUUCAUGAAGAUGUGGUUGUAAUCAUCUCAAGGCAAGGCCCCUCUCCUCUACCAACUGAAAAUGAUGUUCUGCCCUGCAGCCUAUUGACAUGGAUUUUCCACAGUGUACAAAACAUUAAGAACACCUGAUCUUUACAUAACAUAGACUGACCAGGUGAAUGCAUGACACAGACUGACCAGGUGAAUGCAUGACAUAGACUGACCAGGUGAAUGCAUGACACAGACU